CCGGGCUCUGUCAGCACCAGCUCUUGCGUACCACUCCUGGAGAUUUAGUGUAAACUGCACCUGAGAACAGACAUAAUGAACUCGUACCGCUCGGGAUUAUCCGCCCUUUCUCUGUCCUCCGUGCCCAUCGGCCGAAGCUCUCGGGGCACUUUGAGCGUCCAUGGCGGGGCAGGUGGGAGAAACGUCCGAGUGUCUUACGCCUCCAACGGCCUCGGCUCCGGCUUCGACCUGACCCAAGCGCUCGCAGGGGACGGCGGCAGCGUCUCCGUGUCGGGCAACGAGAAGGUGACCAUGCAGAAUCUUAACGACCGGCUGGCUGCCUACCUGGAAAAGGUGCGCUCUCUGGAGACUUCCAAUGCGAAGCUGGAGCUUCAGAUCCGCGAGUGGUACGAGAAGCAGAAGCCGACUGUCAGGGACUACAGCAAGUACGAGAAAAUCAUCGAAGACCUGCGCAAAAAGAUCGGCUUGGCCACGCAGGACAACGCCAGGCUGAUGCUGCAGAUCGAUAAUGCCAGGCUGGCAGCGGAGGACUUCAGAAUCAAGUUUGAGAAUGAGAUGGCAGUUCGCAUGUCGGUGGAGGCAGACAUUGCCGGGCUGCGAAAGGUUCUGGACGACCUCACCAUGAGCCGGUCUGACCUGGAGAUGCAGGUGGAGGGCCUGAAGGAGGAGCUGGUCUACCUGAAGAAGAACCACGAAGAGGAGCUUGCGGCCCUGCGUGGCCAAGUUUCCAGCAGCUCUGUGAAUGUCGAAGUGGACGCCAGGCCUCAGGAGGACCUGAAAAAGACCUUGGAUGAGAUCAGAGCUCAGUACGAGGGCAUCACUGAAAAGAGCCGCCGUGAGAUGGAGGCCUGGUAUAAGGUCAAGUUUGAUGAACUGAACAAGCAGGUGGCUUCUAGCACAGAGACCCUUCAGUCCUCCAAGACUGAAAUCAACGAGCUCAAGAGGACCCUGCAGGCCCUGCAGAUCGAGCUGCAGUCCCAGAUCAGCCUGAAAUCUGCCUUGGAGGGUCAGCUGUUAGAGACAGAGUCCCGCUACAACCUGCAGCUUUCCCAGCUCCAGGCCAUGGUCGACGGCCUGGAGAAGGAGCUCAGCGAGGUGAAGGCGGACAUCACGAGGCAGUCCAUGGAAUACCAGAUGCUGCUCGACAUCAAGACCAGGCUGGAGAUGGAGAUUGCAGAGUACCGGAGACUACUGGAUGGAGAGGUUGACAAGAAAACCGUCCAGGUCAUCGAGGUCAAAGAACGGAAACCGGUCAUAACCCAGAGGAAGAAGGUGGUGAUUGAGGAGAUCGUUGAUGGAAAAGUGGUGUCCCGCACAGAAGAUGUGGACACGGAGGUCAUCAGCAAGUAGACGGGCUCUCAGCAGACCUGCAUCCAAUAAAAUGACCCAAAGAAGCCCUUACUGUCUCAUGAAGUUGACUAAAGCUGUUAAGAAAGAGAAUUUGUAAAUAUUUCUCUCCCAGAAAAUAUUUAUUCUGAUUUACCGUUGCAGAAAAAAAAAACCAAUAAAAUUGCAGUUAUAAAUUAAAGGCUGUCCCUGCAGUACCGCGUUCACACACUAGGUGGCACUGUGAAAUUGUACUGGAAAAGCAUCACAUAUUGAGGCAAAUGUUCAAUGCUGUGUGAAUGAAAAUGGCAUUUUAUGUAGCAACUCUUAAACUCAUGAUGCUGAAGGUGUUACAUGUUGCUUUUCAUAAGGCAGCAAGUAUCACUGAAACACCUGUGAUGUAUUUCACAAAACACAUCUCCCAUAAACUUUUGUGUCUCUGA